GAGAGGCCAGCAGCAACAGAUGCUGCUCUCCUGGACUUGCCUUUGUGAGGUUGGGCCAGAGCCACGCUGGAGGGGGGUGGGGAAAGCCCCCUGGGAACAGCAGCCAUUGCCUCACUUUGAAAGACCUAAGCCACCCAGCCUCCUCCUCUCCUAGCAAGGAAGCGUGGGCUGGCUGAGCUUUGGCUGGUGCUCUGAAUACAGGCAGCCCUUCUGUCUCAGCUAUGUCAAACGAGGAAGACAGCUGUGGGAUGGACAGAGAGGAGAAAAGCCCCCUGUGUGAUUGCAGAGAGGAAAGUCCCCUAGCCAGGGCAGCACCGGCAGUGGAGAGAGCCAGAUGUAGCCAGGAGAUUGUCUGGAGGAAUGUCAUCCUGAUGACCCUGCUUCACAUCGGAGCUGCCUACUCCCUCUGCCUCAUCCCCAAGGCCCGGCUGCUUACACUGAUUUGGGCCUAUUUCUGCUUCCUUGUUACAGCCCUGGGUGUGACUGCUGGCGCGCAUCGUCUGUGGAGUCACCGGUCCUACAAAGCCAAGCUGCCUUUGAGGAUAUUCUUGGCUUUCGCCAACUCCAUGGCUUUUCAGAAUGACAUAUAUGAGUGGUGCCGGGACCAUCGGGUGCAUCACAAGUACUCGGAGACAAAUGCUGACCCCCAUAACGCCCGGCGUGGCUUCUUCUUCUCCCACAUUGGCUGGCUGUUUGUCCGCAAGCACCGAGAUGUCAUAGAGCAAGGGAGGAAGCUGGAUUUCUCUGACCUGCUGGAUGACCCCGUUGUGAGGUUCCAAAGAAAGUACUAUAAGAGUUCAGUCGUGCUCAUGUGUUUUGUGCUCCCCACCCUUGUGCCCUGGUACCUCUGGGGUGAGAGUCUGUGGAAUUCCUACUUCCUUGCUUCCAUCCUUCGCUACACCGUGUCUCUUAAUGUCACCUGGCUGGUCAACAGUGCAGCUCACAUGUACGGCAACCGACCAUAUGACAAGUACAUCAGCCCCAGGCAGAAUGCCUUUGUCACCCUAGGAGCUAUCGGUGAAGGUUUCCACAACUACCACCACACCUUUCCAUUUGAUUAUUCAGCCAGUGAGCUAGGCUUGAAAUUCAACCCAACCACAUGGUUCAUUGACUUCAUGUUUUGGUUGGGCUUGGUUACUGACCGAAAACAGGCUCCCAAGGAAAUAAUCCAAGCCCGCAAAGAGAGGACUGGAGAUGGCAGUGCUUGAACAGUGUAACAUAUCCUCUGUAAAUUGAUGCUGUCGUAUAUGUAUGUGUGCGCGCGCGCGUGUGUGAUUUCCCCCCCCACUUUGGAUAAAGUAGAUUUUCCAGGUACAAUGGAUGAAAUUAAUCCCUGGGGCAGCUUGUUUCAGGUAUGAAUUUAUCCCCUGUUUGUUUUCCUAUUAGCUGUCUUAUGUCCAAACCCAGACUAAGUGUAACAAUAUUAUAUAUUAUUUAAUACUAGAAUUAACGUCAUAGCCCUUUGAUUUUAGUCACUGUAGCUGACGCCCAACAUACACUGUAAAAUGCUUGUUCAUGUUAAACCUGGCAGGAUGGAGAAACUAAUUAUCCUUUCAAAGUGCAGUGCAGGUGAGCAUUUGUUUUUACUAGCUGACCAAACAUGCUUUGAGAUAUAUUAGUGGGAGGUGAGAGGCAGGCCCUAAUCUGCUGUCACAAAAACAAGCUGACAGAAAGGAAUUAAAAAAAAAUGCGUGGAAAAAAAAUCACAUUUGUUUGAAAAUCUGCUUUCUUUGUUUUGUUUGCCCUGUUUGCAAGAGCAAUGCUCCACUGUCUUUGCUGAAGAUGAAUUUCACUUAUUGCUGAGCCAGCUUUUGUGUUAAAAGCUAGAUGCUACACAGGCCAAAACACAACCUGAUGUUAUGUUUAGACGAUUCAUUUGUUGUCACAUACAUGUUGUAAUUUAGAAAGGUGUACAGUUCAAAUAUGUCUUAAGCCAAAUAAAGCUUCAGUUUAAAUGUUUGGAGAUCUGAUUUAUAUUCUGACCAGUCACAGUCACUGAUGCAUGCAUACUUUAGCUCUUUCUGCACAAUAAGUAUCUUGAUUUUUUUUCCACUGCUGACUCUUAUGUCUUUAAAAACCAGCCUUUAUCUAAAUUUCAAUUUCUACUGAUGUUUCAGAUGCAUGCAACUUCCAUUGCUUUCAGAGCAAAGUAUAAAAAAGAUAGUUAUGUAGCUUCUGGAUUUAACAGUUGCCUUGUAAAAAGAGCAUGUUGAAUUAAUGGGCCAUAUACCCCUUUGUGUUAGAUGUUAGCCAGUGCAGGAGAGAGGCUUUAUAUUGUCAGCACUGGAGCACUUUUGAAGACAGAGGACUUGCUUCUCGUUUAUGCUUAGUCCAGAGGUUUUCCCCACUCUGACAGCGUGAAUUCACAUGCUUAGUCCAAGAGGAGAGGAUCUUUAGGUAAAUGAGAAUCAAGUCCAGAUAUUGUUAGGAAUGAUGUAGAAUUAAAAAAAAACCUCAGUUGUUUUGGAUUUUUCUUUUGUUUGGUUUCUUGUUUUUAAUUGAUGCCAAUAUAAAAUAAUUGUCUUUAUUCUGUACUUCAUCCAGCAGGUGUUUUAACAAUGUUAAUUUGCCAUUAAUGAUGUGUAAACUCUUGAGUGAUUUACA